AUGCACGUGAAUCCACUGACUUGUGCCACUCCCUUCCCUCGUCCAUCUCUCCUCCCUUCCCGUACGUCUCCGCCUCCCCUCGUCCCUCUCCCCCCUCCGCUUGCCCCUCUCCCCUCUCCGUCCGUCCCCAUCCCCCCCUCAGCUCGUGAUCAUACCCGGCAUCGUGUGGGACCCGCCUGCCUCGUGCGCCUCGUGAUCAUACCCGGCAUCGUGUGGGACCCGCCUGCCUCGUGCGCCCACAACCUCGCGUUUCUUCGCUUCCAUCCCUUGUCGUUCUAUGCUGUAUCCACACACACUCUCCCUCAUUUAUGCCCUCCCUCCCUCCCCAACCCCCCACUCCCCCCUCCUCUCCCGCACCUAGUAGAACCCAUUCUCCCAUCCCUCAACCACCUCCCAUCGCACCAUCCUUCCGCUGCAGUGGUGAUGGACAGGGACCACCGGGACCAUGAUGGCAUCAAGAAGCUGCUGCCAUCGCCUCAGUCCGUCGCACAGACCUCUCCUCUCAACUCCAUUCCCUCCUCUCCCUCCACCCCUCCACUGAACGAUUCAAGUGCCCCAUCCUCAUCCUCCUCCUCCUCUUCCUCCUCCUCUUCUCAUGCACCUAACCCUCUCGCCAAGGCUCCUCUGCAACUGCUCUCCAGAUUCGUCAACCCCUGGGGAAAGGGGCGGACACAGGGGCUGGGAGAAAGCAGAGAGGGGGGGUUCCUGCAGGUCACUGUGUGUGAUGAGGGGAGAGAAGGAAGGGGAGGAGGGAGAGGAGGGCGGGCGAAGGAGGGCAAGGGGGAGGAAGUGGGGAGUGUGAGAGACGGAGAGCCCAUGUUUGAACUGCACAUGAAGGUGCCCUCGCUCAAAGGUGAGAGUGCCUUCCUUUCUUUGUUUGUUUGGAAGAAUAAUGAAGGAAAGCUGAAAAGUGAAGAGUGA